AUGAGCAAUUUCAUACCUGAGACCAAGACCUUUGGUAAAUUUGAUCCUCUGUUUACUAAUAAGUAUGAUAAAGUAGGCCCAGAAUUCGGACAAUUACAAUAAUGUAUGAGUUUGAUCGAUAUUUAAAGAGAAAAGUGAUUUCUUGGCUGCUAAUGUUGGAAAGUUUGAAGUACAACCAGAGAUCCCUUAAAAUAUUGAAGGAUUGGUAUUGAGGACUGCUAGAACAUGUAAGAUUGUUGAUUGAUAAGUAAAGAAAGAACUCCAGCAACAAUGGCUUGGUUUAGAAGAACAACCUCAUUCGAAAGAAAUGGAAUAUUCAAUAUUCAUACUCCAGUAAUGAAUACAAGAAUCUUGCCUUGGGUUUUCUUCAUUUUCAUUGCUUAUGGCUGGUAAGGAUACUAGAUUUCUUCAUGGAACAGUGUAGUAAAGAAGGAUUCUAAUGAACCGUAAAAAAUAUAAGGUAUAUUAUAGUCGUAACACUCCUUAUGAUAAAUUAUCCUUAAGAGAAUUACCACCUGCUAAGAAUUGGGCUAGACCAGGUUGAGUAGGCUACGUGAAUAAUUAUAAUAUAUUAAAUCAAAACAAAAUAUUAAAAUAAAC